AUCCGUACCUUCUCGCCUUCUAGCAGUUCUCCCUCACUCAAUGCACAGUCAAGCCCAGAAAGCCUGUCGUCGAAAACCCUGAAACAACUUUAUGACAACAUUCACCAUGCAGCUAUCGGCACGUUAUUCUCUGCUGAGGGUUUCGAGCAAUCUCUCGACGCCCUGCUGGAUACACUUUGGCUCACGUCCACGGACCAUUGCCUUGCCUUCCGCGCUUCUUUUCUGCACGUCUCAAUGCAGUAAUCCGCUAUCGCACUCGAAGCUCGCUAGAAAUGAGGUGGACCAAGCCCUACUCCUUCUAGGUCGGGAUUAUCUGUCCUGGCCAUUCUUGAAGGUCAUGUGUGCUGAUGCAGCAGAGGCCUGGGAGCCCCGUUGGGAGGUUCUCUUAUGCAACGCCCUCAUAGUGAGACGCGGAGCACCAAGAACGAGCAUAUGGAUAGCUUUCGUAGGGAUCUUGGACGUGAUCGAAAAGAAGUGCUCGUACACCCCAAGCACAACUAUUAGGAACGAGGGAGCUUGUGCUGGUCACAGUCAAGUGCAUGGGUCAUGUUCGUAACUCAAAUGACAAGUCGGUCGUGAUUCUGGCGAUAGACGUUCUCGACGUGCUGGUAAGAGUUGAUGUAUGAACUGGUAGGUAACGAAUUGACAGGUUACUGGCGCUGCUGCCGGUUUGCCACACCCGUUCUCCAUGCGGACAACGGAUGCUGUUUAGCGACUACUUUCGGAUCUUCUCGACUAUCACACUAAGACCCGUACGGUACACGCGUACA